AUGUUCUUUAUGCAAGACCAUGUUCAUGGUGUACAUCAGAUAUCCCUGCUCAUUGCAGGGGGGUUGGACUACAUGACCUUUGAAGGAACAUUCCAACCCAAACUAUUCUAUGAUUCAAAGCAAUUCCAUUCUAUUCUCUAAGAUUGAUUUGCAUUCAUGGAAAUGGGUUCAGGACCAUUUCUAUGUUAGCUGAGAAUCUGCCUGAUUUAUUCAGUGUUAGAGUUAGAAAAGUUUCCACUGGAUAGUCUACACUUCACUGCGCUGGUCAUUUGCUCUGUUCAGUUUUGAAUGCUGUGGCUGGGUCACCUCGAAGUCUUCCCUCUAGCACUGAGAAUAAGCUUGACUUCCCUAGUCUUUUCUCAAAGCAAAUACUAAAGCUGGGGGCUCUCCUAAUUUCUCUACUUUAUGCAGAUUCCCUUGAGUUCAUGUAACCUUCCUCAGUGAGGAUGUCCAGGGCCAGAAAUACUUGGAGAUGCGGGCUCAGCACUGGCUGCACAAAGAAGCAAGGCAUGUUUUCCACCUCCAGCAGGGUGGCAGGUGUCCUUCCAGAGGGCUGAGGAGGCUCAUCUGGUGCAUGAGGGUGGUAGAUUUUUCUUCAUGUUCUGAUUUACUGCAUCAUUUUUCAAGGAUCUGAGUAGGAGCCUUGAAAGAUUGAAGAGCUCAGCUGAAGAGAGGAAUGUGCUUUAAGGAUUUCACCCAGUGGAAGUCCCAGUUUGCAGGGGGGGCUUGCAGUGGUAUAGGAGAAGGAGGUGACUGGCCCCUGGAUGGCUGGAGCUUCAGGGCAGGUAGUUUUCUGGGAGCAGAGCCCCCUGGGAGCUGCCCAAUACAACUGUGGGACAGUUAUCCCCUGUGUCGUGUCCCAGUGGAGUGCCUGGAGUGGCUGUGCAGAGCCUUGCAAGACAACAUAUCGUGUUCGAAGGAGACAUGUCAUCCAGGAGGCGAGGAAUGGAGGAGAGGCAUGCCCUCCUCUGGAGGAGAGGGCUGGCUGCGUGGAGUACUGGACUCAGCAAGGAACAGAGUGCAAACAGUCCCUGAUCCCAGCGUUAAUAACAACAGGAGGGUUUGGAAAAGCGAGGAAAAAAAGAGCUGCAGCUGAUGGCAACGAAAGAGCAGGGUACUGUGUUGAAUUCCAGCUUGUGGCCAUCACGCCAGGGUGCUUGCACAGCCACCACUCAUACACUCACUGGAUGCAGUACCUCAGGGAGGGCCACACUGUCUGCGUGGAGUGUCAGCACCCAGCUUUAGACUCCAGAAGUCUACAUUGUUAUGGCGAUGGCAGUGGAAGCAGAAAGAAUCAGCUGUUGCACUGGCAGGCAGUAGGGAACCCUCGGUGCAAGGGAACCUGGAAGAGAAUUCGCCAGCUGGACACUUGCUCCUGUCCUUUCUGUCACAGCUUCUUGUUCAUCUAACUUCUCCUGAGAGUCUCAGCAAGCGAGUGUUGUGAUGGCUUGUCUGGCACCAGCAUGCGGCAGCACUAGGAACCACAACCAAAACAAUGACUUCUCCAUGUCAGAGGCUAUGCCUCUUACUUUUCAAGAGAUUUCUGUCUGGACUGGGGCACCCUGAAUCCCUUCUGUCUGUGUAUACUCCUUGGUUUCCAAAGAAAUCGGACUGGCUGUGAAGUGCCAAUCUCUUUGUGCCCACGCAUCCCUGAGAGAGGUCUGUCUGACCCUGAUGACAUCUUGCAAAUUCCCCCUUUCUUGAGAAGAACAAGAAUUCACCAAAUAAGAAUAAGGACAAAAAAGGCUGUAUGAACCCAGGGUUAAUUAUUAUUUUUCUGAAGUCUCAAUGAAGAAUCAACAAUGCAAAAUAAGUUAACUCAAGUGCCUUCUUUUCAUGGCAAUAGCACUUCUUCAUGGAUGCUUCCUGCUUGUACUGAGAUGUCAUUGCCUUUUGUUUUCAUGCUCCCUGGUCUCAUCAUUUCAUAUUGAUCCUCAGUCUUACAGAGGGUUGAUGGUUGAUUUUGUGCUGCUGAGAUAAUGGCAAAACUUAGCAAUGAGCCAGUUCAAAUCUGUGAGAAUAGAAGGUACCAGGGAUAAAUUGGACUUGGACUUCAGGUUUCAAGCAGCAUCUCUGAGUUGCCCCAAAAUACAGUGCAGUCCUGGGGCUAUGAAUUGGAGGUCAUCCCAGCUGCACCAGGAGGGCUAGCUAUAGCCUUGUAUUUUUGACUGGAAAAUAUUUGAAGUAUUUUCUUUAUAUUCUGCUGAUUUAUAUUCAUACUUUUCUAUAAAUGAAAAUAAAGGAGGCUGGAGACAUUC